AGUGAAAAAUAUAAUUGAAGUGUAAACAGCACAGGUGUAGAAUUUUCAUCCAUACUGGCUAAAGAGCCUUAAUCUAAAAAUUUCUUAGAGCAACAACAGCUUGCACGUACCUUAAAAAUAAAUUGCAGUAAACGUUAUAAAACAAAAAUAUCAACAUGACAAUUUUGGCGAAGUUAACGGGCAAAGAGAGCAAAGAUCAGGAGAAGGUGCCAUUGCCCUUGCACCUAAACGAUGAGGCUAUUAUGCAUCACGGCUCGCUAAUCAGCCCCAAAGUAGCUUACAGCGAUGCGGAUACAGAGUCCAUGGUCUUUAAUCGGCCCCAGUACAAUUGCCUUAAGUCAUUUCUGCUAUUCCUUAUUGCCGUAAUUGUGAUGCUAAUGGGCGUGCUGGGCGGAUGGGCAAUCUACAGACUUUAUGCACCCAAUCAUGCCAGCAUGCGCUAUCAUGCACUCUGCGAUAUUCCCUACGAUGAGAACUCGGUUGAGUUGCCACGUUUCUAUGCCCGCAACGAUGAUGCCUUCACCCUCAACUGGCGCACAUUGCUGGAGGGUACUCCCAGCAAUGCGGUGGGCUUUGAUGAGGUGGUGGACAAGAAUUUCUUCAGGGAAGAAAUCGAACUGGACGGCAGUGAUGAUGAGAGCUUUGCCAAGGUCGAUGUGCCCGACUUUAAGGAUGGACGUCGCGGUCGCUUCAUGCAUGACUUCAAAGAGAACCAAUCUGCUAUUAUAGAUACCACCACCAAUCGUUGCUUCAUUAUGCCUUUGGACCGCGAUACUACAUUGCCGCCCAGCAGCUUUGUUGAUCUCAUGCAAAAGAUGGCCUCCGGCUACUACAACAUUGAUACGGAGCGUGUGCGUCACAACCUGCGUGUCAAGACGCCACGCAUAACUGAUCUCUCACUCAUCUCAGAGCGCAUUGCCAAUGAGUGCUAUGACAUGAAGGUCUACAUGAUGGAGAAAUUUCGUUUCGGGCGUGUCCAAGCGCUCCGCUGAUCCUCUACCGGAUGCUGGCAAGUUUGCCGAGUUCAUGGGCAAGGGCUUGGUGGAAUACGAUCUGGCCAACAUUGCUGAAGUGGAGGCCUACGAGGCACAGGAGGCUGCUCAGGCUGCCCAGGCCGCUUGAGUUCAAAUUCAGAAGCCACAAAACAUAUUUUAAAUACUAUCAAACAAACAAACAAGAGAAAGACAACAUAUUAACAAACAUAUAGCAUUGAUUUAUGUAUGUAUAUGUUCUAUCUACUGUAACAAUGAAACUGCGGGCGUAAGGCUCGCAUUUUUUUGUAGUCUGUAGCUUGCAAAAGUAACACGCUUAUAAAUCAAUCGUACGCACGUUUUUAAGGAAGCGUUGCGAAGCGUUAACAAAUAACAGAUAUAUAAACCUUAGAUCCAUUUAAGAAUUGUACCUUAAAACUGAC